AGCCGACAUCGCUAACCCUGUCUGUCCGCCAUCCUUUCUCAGGACGACAGUGACGGUAUCCCGUGGUUAGAGGAACGAGAGGUGAGGAAGGUGCUCUACCUUUCUCUGAAGGAGUUUAAGAACACCCAGAGGAACAAGGUGACAGAUGGCCUCGGCACAGGAAACAUCAACGGCUCUUUCCCACACAGCCAUGGCUGCCGGUCAGGACCAAAGGCAGGGAUACUGGCAGUCAACGGUAAAGCUGAGUGCUCACGCUGCUCGUCUCAAAGCAACGAUGGCAGCAGCGAGUAUUCAGGGGACGAUCCAGUCAGAAAGAGACCACGGCUGCAGGCUCAGAGGAAGUUUGCCCAGUCUCAGCCCAGCUCCCCCAGUGCCACACCGAUCAAGCUGUCUGAGACCCUCUUGCCCCCCAGCCCCACCUCUCCCCUCAGCGACCUCACCAGACGCAAGCCCAAGACCGAGGACUUCCUCACCUUCCUCUGUUUACGAGGUGAGUGGCCUGCAACCUUUAGUUUUUAUGGAACUUUGAUUUAUCCAGGAAGUU